AUGGGGCCGCCCCACACUCACCCUGUCCUGCCCGUUGGCUUUGGGGGACUCGGGGGGUCCCUCGGCCCCCCCCACAUCCUCAAAGCUGGCAGGGGGCGGCGGGGGGGGUGGGGGGGUGCAGGGCCCGUGCGUUUCCCCGUCGGCGCUCCCGCUUUGGCCUCCCGUGGCGGCGGCGGCGACGCCGGCGGUGGUGUUGGCGACGCCGGCGACGGCGGCGGUGGUGGCGGCGCUCCCGGCAGAACCGCCAUCCUCCUCUUCCUCAGCGGCGAGGAAGGAGAAUUUGGAGCGCUGUUCUUUGAGCAGCGCCUCGAUGCGGGAGUCCAGGCUGCUGUGCUGGGCGAAGGGGACGCUUUCGGGGGUGUUUUCGGGAGCGGGCGAACCCCCCCUCGGUGGCGGUGGUGGCGGCGGCGGUGGCGGCGGUGGCGGUUCGGUGACGACGGGCGGUUCGGCGGGCGGUUCGGCGCCGGGUUCCGCCGGCGCCAGCAGUUCGGUGGGAGGCAGAGCGUUGGCGGCGAAGGUUUCGGCGGCCGGCAGGAGGCGGAAAUCGGGGUCGGAGGGCGGAGGGGCGGCGUAAAAAGGGUCGGUGGGGGGUUGGGG